ACAACAAAAUCCUAAUUAAAUAAAACAACAAAACAAUGGACCUUGAUAGUCCUGAUGUGGAAAAAGAAUUUCCUGGCCUAUAUGCGUCUGACGGAACAGAAGGAGGCAAGUCAAGGAAAAUUAAAGACGAAAGUGACUACAGCGAAGGUGAUCACGACAAGGUAAGUAAGAAGGACCUGCUUAUUGGUCGCCGCAAGGAUAAAAAGGAUAAAAGCAAAGAUAGAGGAUAUGCUGCUCUAGAGGGAGAAAGUUCACCCGAAGAGGAAUUAGAUGCAAAAAGUCCAUCUAAAUCGAAGAAAUCGAAAACCUUCAAAUUCACCACCUCAAAGAGUAAAGACAAAAGGGAAAAGUCCCGAGAUAAGGAAAAACUAGACAAAGACCAUAAGGAGGAUGACAAGCAAAAGGAUAAAAUAGAUAAGGACAAGCAUGCGGAUAAGGACAAGGAAAAGGAGCACAAGAAAAAAGACAAAGAUAAGAAGGAUAAAAAGGAGAAAUCCAAAGAUAAAGAAAAGGAUAAGGAGCGCAAGGACAAGAAAGAAAAGGUGAAACAGCAGUCGAGUAUUAAUUCGGAAGAGGUAUUGGAAUUGUGUUCUCCGGUCUUUGGAGUAUCUGUUAGUUUAGCCACCGAGCGUAGUCGUUGUCAUGAUGGUCUGGAUUUGCCAUUGGUAGUGCGUGAUUGUAUAGACUAUUUACAGGAGAAUGGCUUGAAAAAUGAACAAAUCUAUAGGGUGGAGCCUGCUAAAACUCGUCUACAGCAUUUCAAGAGGUUAUACAAUAAUCGUGAGAGACUCACUGAAUCUGAUGAGUUGGAUGUGGCGACUGCGUGUGGCCUAUUGAAAUUGUUUUUAAGAGAAUUACCGGAACCAGUUUUAACAACAGAACUCAUAACAAGAUUUGAAGAGGUGGCCUCCCAUCCCAAGGUCACUAAACAACAAGAAGAGAUAAUAUUGCUAUUGGAACAAUUGCCAAAAUGUAACAAAAUAUUAUUGUCCUGGCUGCUGUUGCAUUUUGAUUCAGUUAUUCAGCAUGAAAAGAGUAACAAAUUAAAUGCCCAGUCCUUGGCCAUGUUGCUGAGCCCCCCACUGCAAAUGUCGCAUCGUCUUUUAGUGACAUUGCUUUGCUAUUGUCCCACCCUGUUUCCGGAUGUUAAACUUGUCAAAUACGUUCCACCUAUAACAUCAUCCAGUCCGAAAUUACCAGAAACACCCGAGGAAAUACAAAAGGAAUUAUGCAAACAAGAAAGUUUAUUAAAUCAAAUACAUUCCGAAAUGAAUGCUGGUUAUGUUACCAAGAAACGUGAGGAGCAGUUGUGGGAAGUGCAGCGUAUUAUAACGCAGUUAAAGAGAAAAUUGAAAACCUUUGAAAGGGGUAAAAGUGAAAAGUCUAUAGAUGAGGUUGAGGGCAAUGAUGAUACUGUAGAUUCCGCACCCAAAACACAUACUACAACAAAUAAAUCCACAUUGAAUAAAUUUGAAUCAGAUUCAAGCCGAGUACAGAAGUCAAUUGCCGAAAAUAGUAUAUCUCCCAAAAAUAUUAAAGAUUUGAAUGAUGCCACCAGUAAAAAGAAUGAGGAAUAUAUUUCGGUGGCACCCCCUCCAUCAUCAAAUCAAACAGAUAUCAUGUAUAUGGAUGAAGAAACUGGUUUGCUGAUGGUAUCAAAAUCCCAUCCUGAUUAUGCUACAUUAUUGAGGUUACAAUUGGAAAAUCAAGAAUUAUUGGCAUGGAAGUCACAAUUGCAGGCCCGAAUAAGUGCCGAAAGAGCUGAAAUGUUGCAAUUGAAGCACUUACUGCAACAACAAAUGAAAAACAAAGUUCCGCCAAACUCUGCAACCAACCAGGAGAAUAUAAUUUCACCUUUACCCGGCACCGAAGACUACGAACGCAUUGUUGAACAUUUCAUGCGUGAAAAUGCCCUGCUGGAGAAUAAAAAAUUAAUGUUGGCUAAGGAAAUUUUCGAAGAAAAUAAACAAUGUAUUGCUUUGCAAGUUGAACUGGCAAUGCAAAAAUUUUCCAUUUAA